AUGAGACCUAUUCAACCACCAUCAACACUAGCAGCCGCCGCCACCAUCACCAACCGCAACCGUCCACGGAGGCGUCCAGACCUGACCCUACCCCUGCCGCAACGCGAUCCAUCUUUAGCCGUACCCCUCCCUUUGCCACCCACCUCCGCCCCAGCGUCUUCCUCCUACUCCUCUCAACAACUUGUAUCAUCAGCUCAACCAUUGAACUUCUCAGAACUCGAGCGCAUCAACCGAAUCGGCAGCGGCAGCGGGGGCACCGUAUACAAAGUUCUCCACCGGCCAACGGGUAAACUCUACGCCCUUAAAGUCAUCUACGGGAACCACGAAGACUCCGUCCGGCGCCAGAUCUGCCGUGAAAUCGAGAUCCUACGCGACGUCGACAAUCCAAACGUGGUGAGGUGCCAUGACAUGUUCGAUCACGAUGGCGAGAUUCAAGUCCUCCUGGAACACAUGGAUGGUGGAUCACUGGAAGGAGCCCACAUCCUCCACGAACCCUCUCUCUCAGAUGUCACCCGUCAGAUCCUCUUGGGGCUAUUCUACCUCCACAAGCGAAAAAUUGUCCACAGAGACAUCAAACCCUCGAAUCUCUUAAUCAAUUCAAGAAAACAAGUGAAGAUCGCGGAUUUUGGAGUUUCUAGAAUUCUUGCCCAGACUAUGGAUCCCUGUAAUUCAGCGGUUGGUACGAUUGCGUAUAUGAGUCCUGAAAGGAUCAACACGGAUCUGAAUCAUGGGAUGUAUGAUGGGUAUGCUGGGGAUAUAUGGAGCUUAGGAGUAGGCAUCCUCGAGUUUUAUCUGGGUCGCUUUCCUUUUGCGGUGGGAAGGCAAGGUGAUUGGGCGAGCCUUAUGUGUGCAAUCUGUAUGUCGCAGCCACCGGAAGCACCGGCGACGGCGUCCAGGGAGUUGAGGGAAUUCAUCGCUUGUUGUUUGCAGAGGGAUCCGGCUAGGAGAUGGACGGCCGGCCAGUUGUUACGUCAUCCUUUCAUUGUGCAACACAGCUCUAGCACCACCAACCAUGGCAGUAAUCAGGUUCAUCAACCACGCGAACUUUUACCUCCACGUCCACAUUUUUCUUCUUCUUGA